UUUCUAUAUAAAAAAGGGGGAACCAAAAAGACCGAACUAGAAGUCUAGAAUCGAACAGAAAACUGAACGCAGAAGCUAACUGAAACUGGAAAAGCUGCAACAAUUCGCCGUUCGACCAAAAAAUCAAAAUCCCAGCUAGCUUCUUCUUCGAUUCAUCCUCUAUCUAAGACCGUCACUGCUUCUAAGUUUAAAAAUUUGGUUGGAAAGCCAAGGAAGACAUCCUCCACCUCAUCACCUAAGACACCCUCUUCCAGUCCCCGUCAUGCCGCCGCCGCAGCCUUCUUCUGCUCAGCCCGCCUUUCCUCCCUUCAACGCUCUCCUCCCUCCACCUCAACUCAUGGAGCAGAAGCUCGCCACGCAGCACGGCGAGAUGCAGCGGCUGGCGAUAGAGAAUCAGAGGCUCGCCGCCACGCACGGUAACCUGCGGCAGGAGCUAGCGGCGGCGCACCACGAGCUGCAGACGCUGCACUCCCAGAUCGGAUCGAUCAAGUCCGAGGGAGAGCAGCGGAUGAGCGGUCUCGCGGAUAAAGUCGCGAAGAUGGAGUCCGAGCUCCGGAAGUCCGAGGCCGUGAAGAUGGAGAUGCAGGAGGCGCGUGGAGAGGCGCGUGGGUUGGUCGUGGCGAGGGAGGAGCUUAUGUCCAAAGUGCAUCAGUUGACUCAGGAGCUUCAGAAGGCUCGUGCUGAUGUGCAGCAAGUUCCGGCUCUCAUGUCUGAACUUGAUGGGUUGAGACAGGAGUAUCAGCAGUGCAGGGCGACUUAUGAUUAUGAGAAGAAGUUCUACAACGACCAUAUUGAGUCACUUCAGGCUAUGGAGAAGAACUACAUGACUAUGGCUAUGGAAGUACAGAAACUUCAAGCACAGUUAAUGAACGGAAGAGCUGGUGGCGCUUAUGGUAAUAAUAACAUCAAUGCUGAAAGUGACGCUUCUGGCCAUCAGAAUGGAACUGGUUACUAUGAUGAGGCUUAUGGUCACCAGGGUUAUGUUCCUCAACCAGCAGCUGGAGCCGCAACUGCACUAAAUCCAGCCGUUCCCACAGCUCAAUACCCAUAUCCAGGAGGACCUCAGCCAGGUUACUUCCCUCCAAGACCAGGUUACUACUACCCAAGAGGCCCUCCUCCUGGUUCAUACGACCCAACUAGGUUACCCGCAGGACCGCAUGGAGGUCCGUUCUCGCCUGGAUCAUCCAGCAAUACGCCUUAUGGCUCGGCUGCAACAACCGGUCCACGGGGAAACCUGAAUCGCAGAUGAGGCUACCGAAACAGAGUACAUAGUGAUAAACAAACCAUCCUCAUUCCUUGUUGAACUGAGGAAUAGUUGCUGAUUACCUACAUGGUCAAGAGAUACUGGUACAGUGAAGUUUGAGCGCUAUUGUUGUCUGAUUUUGAAAGAGCUUCUUGACUUUGAUUUUUAUACUUAAAAAAACGGAUUAUAAAUGAAUUGGAAGUGAAUUUUUAUACUUAAAAACGUGAUUAUAAAUGAAUUGAAAGUUAUAUUUA